CCGGCGCGGGUCCCGGCACGGUGCUGUCGCUGGGCGCCUGCUGCCUGGCGCUGCUGCAGAUAUUUCGCUCUAAGAAGUUCCCGUCCGACAAGCUGGAGCGGCUGUACCAGCGUUACUUCUUCCGCCUGAACCAGAGCAGCCUCACCAUGCUGAUGGCCGUGCUGGUGCUCGUGUGCCUCGUCAUGUUGGCCUUCCACGCGGCGCGGCCACCGCUCCAGUUGCCCUACCUUUCCGUGCUGGCGGCCGCCGUGGGCGUGAUCCUCGUGAUGGCCGUGCUCUGCAACCGCGCCGCCUUCCACCAGGACCACAUGGGCCUGGCCUGCUAUGCGCUUAUUGCGGUGGUGCUGGCCGUCCAGGUGGUGGGCCUGCUGCUGCCCCAGCCGCGCAGCGCCUCGGAGGGCAUCUGGUGGACCGUGUUCUUCAUCUACACCAUCUAUACGCUGCUGCCGGUGCGCAUGAGGGCCGCGGUACUCAGCGGGGUGCUCCUGUCUGCUAUCCACUUGGGGAUUGCCCUGCACACCAACGCCCAGGACCAGUUCCUGCUCAAGCAGCUUGUCUCCAAUGUCCUCAUUUUCUCUUGCACCAACAUCGUGGGCAUCUGCACCCACUAUCCAGCUGAGGUCUCCCAGAGACAGGCUUUCCAGGAGACCAGGGAGUGCAUCCAGGCGCGGCUCCACUCUCAGCGGGAGAACCAACAACAGGAGCGGCUCCUGCUGUCUGUCCUUCCCCGUCAUGUUGCCAUGGAGAUGAAAGCAGACAUCAACGCCAAGCAGGAGGAUAUGAUGUUCCAUAAGAUUUACAUCCAGAAACAUGACAACGUGAGCAUCCUGUUUGCUGACAUCGAGGGCUUUACCAGCCUGGCGUCGCAGUGCACUGCCCAGGAGCUGGUCAUGACUCUCAACGAGCUCUUUGCCCGCUUCGACAAGUUGGCUGCGGAGAAUCACUGUUUACGUAUUAAGAUCCUGGGGGAUUGUUAUUACUGCGUCUCGGGGCUGCCUGAAGCGAGGGCUGACCACGCCCACUGCUGUGUGGAGAUGGGCAUGGACAUGAUUGAAGCCAUCUCCCUCCCUCCCACUCUGUGUGCCUGGCCUGUGAUCCUCUCCCAGCCUCAUCCCUGCUCCAUCCCCAGGUUGGUCCGGGAGGUGACAGGGGUGAACGUGAACAUGCGCGUGGGAAUUCACAGCGGGCGAGUACACUGCGGUGUCCUUGGUCUCAGGAAGUGGCAGUUCGACGUCUGGUCUAACGACGUCACACUGGCCAACCACAUGGAGGCUGGAGGCAAGGCUGGACGCAUCCACAUCACCAAGGCCACACUCAACUACCUGAACGGGGACUACGAGGUGGAGCCAGGCUGUGGGGGCGAGCGCAACGCCUACCUCAAGGAGCACAGCAUCGAGACCUUCCUCAUCCUGCGCUGCACCCAGAAGCGGAAAGACGAGAAGGCCAUGAUCGCCAAGAUGAAUCGCCAGAGGACCAACUCCAUUGGGCACAACCCGCCCCAUUGGGGGGCCGAGCGCCCCUUCUACAACCACCUGGGCGGCAACCAGGUGUCCAAGGAGAUGAAGCGGAUGGGCUUCGAAGACCCCAAGGACAAGAAUGCCCAAGAAAGUGCAAACCCCGAGGAUGAAGUGGAUGAAUUUCUGGGCCGCGCCAUUGACGCCAGGAGCAUUGACAGGCUGCGGUCUGAGCAUGUUCGCAAGUUCCUCUUGACCUUCAGGGAGCCUGACUUAGAGAAGAAGUACUCCAAGCAGGUGGAUGACCGAUUCGGUGCCUACGUGGCGUGUGCCUCGCUCGUCUUCCUCUUCAUCUGCUUCGUCCAGAUCACCAUCGUGCCCCACUCCGUGUUCAUGUUGAGUUUCUACCUGACCUGUUUUGUGCUGCUGACCUUGGUGGUGUUUGUGUCCGUGGUCUACUCCUGCGUGAAGCUCUUCCCAGGCCCCCUGCAGACCCUCUCCAGGAAGAUCGUGCGGUCCAAGAUGAAUAGCACCCUGGUUGGCGUGUUCACCAUCAUCCUGGUGUUCCUGUCGGCUUUUGUCAACAUGUUCAUGUGCAACUCCGAGGACCUGUUCGGCUGCCUGGCAGAGGAACAUAACGUCAGCACCAGCCAGGUCAACGCGUGCCACGUGGUGGAGUCCGCUGUCAACUACAGCCUGGGGGAUGAGCAGGGCUUCUGCAGCAGCACCUGGCCCAACUGCAACUUCCCCGAGUACUUCACCUACAGCGUGCUGCUCAGCCUGCUGGCCUGCUCCGUGUUCCUGCAAAUCAGCUGCAUUGGGAAGCUGGUGCUCAUGCUGUCCAUUGAGCUUAUAUAUGUGCUCAUCGUGGAGGUGCCCGGUGUGACGCUCUUUGACAAUGCCGACCUUCUGGUCACUGCCAAUGCCAUAGACUUCAACAACAACGGGACCUCCCAGUGCCCUGAGCAUGCGACCAAGGUGGCGCUGAAGGUGGUGACGCCCAUCAUCAUCUCAGUCUUUGUGCUGGCCCUGUACCUGCACGCCCAGCAGGUGGAGUCCACCGCCCGCCUCGACUUCCUCUGGAAACUGCAGGCCACAGAGGAGAAGGAGGAGAUGGAGGAGCUGCAGGCCUACAACCGGCGGCUGCUGCACAACAUCCUGCCCAAGGACGUGGCCGCCCACUUCCUGGCCCGCGAGCGGCGCAAUGACGAGCUCUACUACCAGUCCUGCGAGUGCGUGGCCGUCAUGUUCGCCUCCAUCGCCAACUUCUCCGAGUUCUAUGUGGAGCUGGAGGCCAACAACGAGGGUGUCGAGUGCCUUCGGCUGCUCAACGAGAUCAUCGCCGACUUUGAUGAGAUCAUCAGCGAGGAUCGGUUUAAGCAGCUGGAAAAGAUCAAGACCAUCGGCAGCACCUACAUGGCUGCCUCAGGCCUUAAUGAUUCCACCUACGACAAGGCAGGCAAGACCCACAUCAAAGCUCUGGCCGACUUCGCCAUGAAGCUGAUGGACCAAAUGAAGUACAUCAACGAGCACUCCUUCAACAACUUCCAGAUGAAGAUUGGGCUCAAUAUCGGCCCCGUGGUGGCCGGGGUGAUCGGGGCCCGCAAGCCUCAGUACGACAUCUGGGGCAACACGGUGAACGUGGCCAGCCGCAUGGACAGCACCGGCGUGCCUGACCGCAUCCAGGUCACAACAGACAUGUACCAGGUGCUGGCUGCCAACACAUACCAGCUGGAGUGCCGAGGUGUGGUCAAGGUCAAGGGCAAAGGCGAGAUGAUGACCUAUUUCCUCAAUGGAGGGCCCCCGCUCAGUUAGCAGCUGCCAGCCAGCGAUGCCAGGCAGCCUGGCCUCCAGAGAAAUAGAAACGGCUUCUUUGUGUGCCGAGCGGGCAGAUGGAAGUCUGCGCUCCAGCCCAGGUGCCCGCGCCGGGAGAUUUUCCACGUUGACUCCAGAAGCAACUUCUGCCUUUGCGGGCGGGCAGCAGCCUCGGUCCCAGGCCCUGGGUGCCAGCGUCCUGCGAGCACCAAGCUGACCAAAGAUGACUCCCUCUAUAGAAGAUGCCGCUAGGUUCGACCUGAAUCUUGAGUUUUCUAACGGGUGCUGCUGCUGCGCGGGCGGAAAGGAGAUCCUGGCCUGUAGAUCAGUGUGUGGCCACCCAGUGCUCGAGGGUAGGGCUGAGGGAGAGGCCUGGGUCUCGGGGGCUGGGGGGAGCCUAGGGGGCCCUGAGGGUUCUGCUUUUCUAGACGAGCCUUUAAACUUCAGGCAGAUACUGGCCCCUGCUCCAUGGAGGGGCUUUCGGGCAGGAGUGCUGGCUUUGGAAGGACUGUGGCCUUCACCGCAGUCCCCUCUUCCACCUACACACGCACAGACAAUGCCCCUUUGAGGGGAACAGAACUAAUUGCGAGGGGGAGGCGAGAGGACUUGAAGCAAGGAGUGGUGGUUCUGAGGAAAGGAAAAUAUUUAUUAAAUAAAACAAAACAUGUUUCUGUGCCCUUCUUUAGACUAUGCUAGUUGUACGCGUGUAAGAGACCCACAAACAACAGAGGAUGCCACUGGGAGGGAGGGAAGGGGUCCCAACCUGUCUUUUUGUAUUUUUUAUUUUGUAUUAUUGAAAACCUUGGAGAUCUAACAAAUAUACCAAAUUCUAUAUUUUGUAAAUUCUCUAUAUUAGAACACAGCUGUGCACAGUGGGGCGUGUGUGUGUGUGUAUGUGUGUGUGUGUGUGUAUGCCGUGAUACUGGUCGCAUAUAGGACGCUUGUUUCCCUCACUUCAGAUUUGGCAGUUUAGGGUUUUCCCAGGUCCAACCAGAGCAGUGAGUGUGUCCUUUUGGUGAUGUAUGGGCACAUCACCCCAUCUCUUUCCCUAACACACAAACACACACACUUCCCCGAGGUAAAAUGCUAAUGGGAUGAUAAGAAGGAAGCAAAAAGCUGCUCUCCCAUCUCAGGCUGAGUUGGAACCAAGGGAAGCAACCUCAACCUGCAGCAGGUGGUGUGGCCCCAUCUACCCUGCCACUCCCUGAACUGUCAGCCACUUGCUGCCUGCAGGGAGAACUUGGGGUGGCCACCUGGUGCUCAGCCAGCGUGGGGGGUAAGGAAGCUGCCUGGCUUUCUCAGUUGGCCAAGGUGGCUCUCUCUAGAGAUGAUCCCUCAGACUUGGGGACAUAUGUGUAGCCCUCAGGUUCAGGAAAAGGAGGGUGGCCUUGCCCUCCAGACAGAGGAAAGGGUAGAGCCCAGCUUUCAAGUCCACAGGACAAAGCUAAUUUUGAUUUGUCUGGUUUUUGUUUUUUGGGGGAAGGGACAGCUCAAUAUACUGAGGGG